AGAAAUCAAUAAAGCUGUGAAAUGUGCCUCGGGAAAUCAAGGAUAAUCAUUCUAGAAAACCACAAAUUUUCACAGAAUGCUCUUAAAUUUAUAAAUAAAAGUAUUUUGGUGAAUUAAACAGUGAAGUCAUCAUCGAUUCGAUAAUAGGUAUUUGAAAGUUUAAAAAAAUGAUAAGGUUUAAAGACUCUUUGAUUGUUCCAAUAACACAGUUACCGACAUUUCAAAAUAAUAAACAAAUUUUCUUGGGAGUGUGACAAAAGUUAGAAACUCACAAAAUGAUUCGAUUCGCAACCAUUAUCUUAUCAUUAUUUUUCUUAAAGUGUUGUUAUUCACAAAAACCCAACAUGGACAAUAAAAGACAUGACGUUUAUGUAGCUGGUUUCUUUCCUUACAGAAAAGGUGUAGAAAAUUCGGAGACAGGUCGUGGAGUGAUGCCGAGUGUAAAACUAGCCUUGGAUCAUGUGAAUGAGCAUUCUUCUGUUCUGAGAAAUUAUAGACUGCAUAUGUGGUGGAACGAUACGAUGUGCAAUGCAGCGGUAGGUGUGAAAGCCUUCUUCGAUAUGAUGCACAGUGGUCCCCACAAAUUAAUGUUAUUUGGGGCGGCAUGUACUCACGUUACCGAUCCAAUAGCUAAAGCUUCUAAACAUUGGCAUUUGACUCAGUUAUCUUACGCAGACACCCAUCCGAUGUUUACCAAAGAAAAUUUUCCAAAUUUUUUUCGAAUAGUGCCGUCUGAAAACGCCUUCAAUUCACCAAGACUGUCACUUCUAAAGGAGUUCAAUUGGACCAAAGUUGCCACUAUAUAUCAAAAUGAACCACGGUAUUCUUUAGCACACAACAGGUUGGUAGCUGAGCUAGAUGCAAUGGGUUAUCAGGUUUUAGAAACGCAGAGUUUUACCAACGAAGUAAACACAGCCCUAACUAAGCUCAAAGAGAAAGAUACUAGGAUUAUAUUAGGUAAUUUUGACGAAGUAUGGGCUAGAAACAUAUUUUGUGAAGCUUAUAAACUGAAAAUGUAUGGUAAAAAAUACCAAUGGAUUAUAAUGGGUACUUACAGUUUUGAAUGGUGGAAAAAAAAUGACCCUGAAUUCAAUUGCACCCUAGAAGAGCUUGAAGCUGCAUUACAACAAACCAUUUUGACUGAUCUUCUGCCUUUAUCAACAAGUGGAGAAAUCACUAUAUCCGGAAUAACAGCUGAUGAGUAUAAUUCGGAAUAUGAAACAAGAAGAGGUGAAGAAUAUUCUCGGUUUCACGGUUACACAUACGAUGGUAUUUGGGCGUUAGCUUUGGCAAUUCAAAACGUAGCGCACAAAAUAAAAUAUUUCAGAAGGAAUGAGUCUGUUACUGAUUUUCGCUACAGAGACCCAAUAUGGGAAAGACUCUUUUUGGAUGCUUUACACAACACUAGUUUUGAAGGAGUUACUGGUCCUGUAAGAUUUUACGAUAACGAGAGAAAAGCAAGUAUACUUUUGAAACAAUUUCAAGAUGGACGUGAAGUAAAAGUGGGAGAGUAUAGUGCAGCUACUCAGCACCUAGAUCUGACCCUUGGAGAACCACUGAAAUGGAUCGGAAAACAUCCACCCAAAGAUAGAACUUUAGUAAUAAUAGAACAUACCAGGGUAAAUAAGACUGUUUACGCCAUUUUAGCAACUUUGGCAGUUUGUGGAAUAAUAAUGGCUAUAGUUUUCUUGGCAUUUAACAUCAAAUAUCGAAAUCAAAGAUACAUUAAAAUGUCCAGCCCCCAGCUCAAUAAUCUCAUUAUAAUUGGAUGUAUGUUAACCUACACCAGUAUAAUUUUUCUAGGAUUAGAUUCGGGAUUAUCAAGUAUAGAUGCUUUUCCUUACAUUUGUACUGCAAGAGCUUGGACUUUAAUGGCAGGCUUUUCACUGGCAUUCGGAGCAAUGUUUAGUAAAACGUGGAGGGUUCAUUCUAUAUUUACAGAUGUUAAAUUGAAUAAAAAGGUAAUUAAAGAUUACCAGCUAUUCAUGGUAGUUGGAGUACUUCUUGUUAUAGAUUUGAUAAUUAUGACAACAUGGCAAUUCGCUGAUCCGUUUUAUAGAGAUACCAAGCAAAUGGAGAGAUAUCUUCAUCCUUCUAAUGAGGAUAUUAUUAUCAUCCCCGAAAAUGAAUAUUGCGCUUCGGAAUAUCAAACUAUUUUUGUUGGAUCUAUCUAUGCAUAUAAGGGGAUUUUAAUGAUUUUCGGUGCAUUUUUGGCAUGGGAAACACGGCACGUGUCGAUUCCAGCCCUUAACGAUAGUCGUCACGUGGGAUUAUCGGUCUACAACGUUGCCAUAAUGUGCAUAUGUGGUGCUGCUGUUGCUUUAGUACUAGUAGAUCACCAAGACGCGAUGUUUUUGAUUAUAGGAGUAUUUGUGAUGUUCUGUACGACAGCCACCCUAUGGUUAGUAUUUGUACCAAAAUUACUGGAGUUGAGAAGAAACCCUGCUGGAUCAAUCGAUAAAAGAUUUCGUCCUACACUUAGACCGAUGUCAAAAACUCGACGAGAUUCUAGUGUUUCUGAGCUAGAGACAAAAAUUAAAGAUGUAAAAAGUUUAAACUCAAAAUACAGGAAAACGCUUCUGGACAAAGAAUCAGAAUUACAGAUGCUCAUAAGACGAUUAGGAAACGAAGCUAAAGACAUUUUAGAUUCUAGAGCAGAUUCAAUAAGUGAAACUAAUAGAUUAUCUGUACCCCUAUUAAGGAAAGAGCCACCAAGUGCAACUGAAACCAGCGACUUGACCUCACUGUGUAGUCUAAGCUCUCAAGAUUAUGCUACUCUUCAACGUAGCGAUAGUCAAAAAAGAAGAAAACUGGAUAACGAAUCUCCAAAACGGACAAAAUCUCUUCAAGAUACUCCUCUGCCUUCAGAACCUCAACUAGAACAACAAAAACAACUAAAUGGAACUAUAAACCAAAGUAGUGAAUCCACUAAUAAUUUUACUGCAGUUAACGAUACUCCAAAACCUGAAACAGAUAAACCUUGUAAUUAUCAACAAGUAGAAUCUACGAAGGAAAAUGAAAGGAUACAGACUCCUACAUAUGAGAGAAAAGAAUCAAAAUGUUUCGAGUCUGAAACAACAGUAGUAAGGAGAAGAUCAAGUGUAAAACCAGAAUAUCUGCAAGAUCGAGAGGAAAAAAAAAAUUACAAAUGUGGAAUUCCAAGUAUACGAACAACACCAAAGAAAAAAACAGAUUAUGGAACCCAUGUGGUUACCAAAAGUGAACUUUGGGAUACUGGUAGCCAACAUAGAUGCAUGAAAAGCCAUCAAAAGAGUAGUAGAGUUAGUUUACCUCAAGAAGAUGAUGACAACAUGCACAUGCACAGAACAGUUUCAGAACGAAAUCGCUAUUCUUCACCAAAAGAAAAACGAGAAACGUCACCGAUUCCAAAAGAUCAACAAGAACAACAGCGGUUACCCACCAAUAUAUAUAAUCAACAAUGUAACAAGUUGGGAUAUUUCCAGAGUACACCGAAUGUACAUUCAUUAAAGAAUACAACUCAUACACCUAAAAGGGAUAAAUCAAUGUGUAAUGCAAAUUCGGAAAGUGAACUUUUAGAUCGAGAAAUACUACCUAUUUUCCAAAAAUUACUCACAGAACGAAAUAAAAGCCAACAAAAUAUAGACUAUUCAUUUGGUAGAUCAUGUCCAAAUAUUUCUAUUAAGUGUGAUAUUGUUGAAUAUUUGUAAAAUAAGUAGCCAGAGACCUAUUUUUGUCUAGAGUAAGGAGCAAAGAAACAGAUUUUCCACUUUUAUGUAUAUCAUUCCAGUAAUCAAGUUCUAGUUCACAAUAGAAAAACAUCUUAGUGUACUGCU